UAAAACUUUUUAGCGACCUAUUACCGUGACUAUUACCCCAUCAUUUAGGGAAUACUGUCGCGCUGUUUGUCAUCACAUGUUUAGAGGAAGACGGACGGCGCGUUCAUCAACUUUGAGAGAAAAGCGAAGACACGUCCCAUUUAGAGUUUCGGUUCAUGGGCUCGAGCGGCUCCAACAACUACAGCAAAGUUCACGUUGACAAUUCUGGAGACUUUCGGGCUGACUGAAGGUGGAGGGGAGAGAGUGUGUAGCUGCAGACAGCCGUAGGAGAAGACUUUGUCCCCGACGCAUCUUUUGGUGUCCUGCGUGUCCCGCGUGUGGAGAUCUUCCUGCCUGUUUGUCCAGGUGGUCUCAGCGAUGCCACAUCGACAAGCCCAUCCCCUGUUCUUUCUAGCGCUCUACAGCGUGGCCUCUGCAGGUCCUCUGUCGCGGAGCCCAUGUGAGCUCCUCCCGGUGGGCUCGGGGCACCCGGUGCAGGCCCAGCUGAAGAGCUUCACCGCGCUGUCCGGCUGCGCCAGCCGCGGCACCACCGCCCUGCCCCAGGAGGUCCACGUCAUCAACCUGAGGAACAGCGGAGGCUCCGACGCACCCGGGGAGAAGCCCGCCGAGGUGUCCCUCCACCUGAAGCCCAUCCAGUCUGUCCGAGUCCACCAGAAGGCCCUGGUGUUUGUGCUGAACUCCCCCCAGCCCGUCACCUGGAGGCUGAAGACCGAGAACUUGGCCCCUGGAGUCAAACGCACCUUUCAUGUGUCUGAGGGCUCUGAUGUGCAGUUUGAGGCGGGGAACUUCUCUCUCUCCUGUGAGGUGAAAAAGGAGAACCUUCCCCAUGGCAACGAGCACCUCCUGGCCUGGGCCCAGAGGAGGUACAAGGCCAUCACCUCCUUCUCCGAGCUGAAGAUCGCACACGACGUCUACAUCAAAGUGGGCGAAGAUCCUGUCUUCUCGGACACGUGUAAGAUUGACAACAAGUUCCUCUCCUUGAACUACCUGGCCAGCUACGUGGAACCCCAGCCCUCCAAAGGCUGUGUGCUAACAGGUCCAGACCAUGAACUGGAAGUCCACAUCAUUGAGCUGCAGGCCCCCAAUUCCAGCAGUGCAUUCCAGGUGGACGUUAUAGUGGAUCUUCGGCCCAUGGAGGCGGACAUGCGCUUGCUGAGUCGAGACGUGGCGCUGAUCCUCAAAUGUGAGAAGCCCGUCAACUGGGUGAUCAAGGCUCACCGCGUCUACGGCAGGCUGGAGGUGGUGACGUCAGAUACCGUUAAUAUGGGCUCCAGCACAGAGGGGCAGAUGCAUGUCACCAAGACCCAAAAGGUGCCCCUGCCCUCGGGCUCCCAGGCUUUGAUCCAGUGGGCCGAGGAGCACAAUUACGAGCCCGUCACCUCCUACACCAACACCCCGGUGGCCAACCACUUCAGCGUGCGCCUGAGAGAGCAAGACCUUGGCGGUCCUCUGGAUCCUCUGUUCCCUCCAGAGCUUUCCAUCCUGCGUAACCCCGACUCUGGUCAUGGUUUCUCAGCGGGAGGCGACCAUUCCCCACCGCUGCUCAGCUUGCCCUUCCCUUUUGCCCCGCGGCCUCCCCGGGGGGGACCAGGGGACCCCCGAGACCAUGGCCUGCCCUACCUUCCCAGUCCUCUGGACGAGCAGCCCUGGCUAGGAGGGGGAGAUGCUGAGGAACAUCAAGCAGCCCCGAACGUGCCCUUGAACGUCCAGUGCGAAGAGAACAAGAUGGUGAUCAGCAUUGAUAAAGAGAGCCUACAGGCCAGCGGCUAUGGGAAAGUCAACAUCACUCUGCAGGACCCGACGUGCCGGGCGACCUCCAACUCCACCCACUACACGCUGGAGACCCCGCUGAGCGGCUGCCAAACCACCAAAUACCCCUUCCACCCCAGUCCCCAGGCCAUCUACAUCAACUCCGUGCUGAUCAGCUCGUCGGAGUCGAGAGACGGGAGCGGCUGGCCACCUACGGACUACGAGGACCUGGAGUCAGGGGACGUGUUGUUCCCAGGGGAACACGAGGGGCCAGAGAGAGCCCCGCACACACCACGGAACUACCGCACACCCAUCCUGUUUAACUGUACGUACCGCAAGAACCAGGGUCCAGACCACAGUCCCCCUCACCUCUUCCCCAGCCUCGGCUUCCCUGGAGGGACAAAAGACGAAGUGGACAACGUCACCUUCAACAUGCAGCUGCACAGCACCAGCCUCUUCCUCGUGGACCCCGACCAGGCCUUCUUCACCAUCUCAGAGAACAAACCCAUCUACGUGGAGGUGUCGGCCACCAAGACAGAUCCUGAUCUGAGCUUCGUGUUCCGAAUCUGCUUCCUCUCCCCAAACUCCAACCCCAACGUGGAGUCGGAGUACAAGCUGAUCGAGAACAUCUGCCCCACCGACGACUCGGUCGUGUAUUACCAGUCCCUGGUGGAGCAGCUCAAUCCCCUCGCCCAGACGGAGCGCAAGCGCUUCAGCUUCACCUUCAGGCCCAAGUUCAACACCUCACUGCUCUUCCUGCACUGCGAGAUGUCCCUGUGUUCCAAUGGCCCCAACAACGAUGGACUCACUGAGUGCAUGCAGCCGGCCGAGGCAUGUGCCUCCAUGGACGCCAUCACUAUCAUGAAGAUGACGGUGAACACCAAGACCUCCAGUAAGACCCUGGUGGUCGUCCCUGACGGAGUCACCUCCACCAUGGAGCUUCCAGUUACGCCCACGGAAGAUGACCGGACAAUAGACGCUCCAAGCGAACCUGAAAGUUAUGUGCUGGACACCACGACAGUAGUGGGCAUUGCCUUCGCUGCCUUCGUGAUCGGAGCUCUGCUGACAGGAGCCCUCUGGUUCAUCUACUCACACACAGGUGGUCCAGCCAGUCGGCAGCCACCGCCCAAAUCUCAGCCGGCCUCGGAGAACAGCAGCGCUGCCCACAGCAUCGGCAGCACGCAAAGCACCCCCUGCUCCAGCAGCAGCAACGCGUAGCCCCGGGGCAGAACCCAAGAGAACCCAAGAGAACCCAUCCGAAUGCUGGAGAACCACCAUGUGAACGCCUGCACAGAACGAGCACAGCACACCACUCAGUGUCUGCAGGUGCCAGGGGAAAAGCAGACCUAUAUCUGACCACAAUUCUGUAAAUAGACAUAAAAUCUAUUGUAGAAAUGAAUAUAUACAUAUAUAAAUGUAAAGUAAAUUUAAGUAAGAUAUAUUUAUUAGAAAUAAUAUUGAGAUAUAUUGAUGAGUCCCGCGUGGGAAUCUAUUCUGCAUUGUGAGAGCAAAGCAGGGUGUCUAAAAACAGUCAACUAAAGACAAGCAGAAGUAUUUUUAGGGGCAUGUAGCAAACUUAACACACAAACACAAACUCCACCCUGCUGAACCCGGUCCAUCAUAUUUCUGAGAAGUCCUUGAGAAUGUGUGACAGUACUACUGCAGUUGCAAGGGCUAUUUUGGGCUUGUUAGCACACACAUGACCCGAAGUGGCACCAAGGUCUCAAAAAUCCAGUGCUGAACUCUAAAUGCUAAAAGUAGAAGCCAAAAACAGAAGAGGGUGAUAAAUGCCGCUGUGUAUUUUGAUUGUGAAGUGCUGCUUUGUAUUCCUUAAGCCACAAAGAGGGACAUUGGCCCUCUUUUUUUUAAAUGUAUUUUUCUACCAUAUAUGGUGUAGUUUAGACUGUACAUACGGAUGUCUGUUUACACCACUCAUUCUUGAGACAGCGCCACAAGUCAAACCACAAAAUCUCCACCAAUCUCCUCAUUAUCUCUUUAAAUCAGCCCAACGCAACCUUUUUAACCACUGAGAUUAGGUAUGGCUAUAUACAGGAUAAACAACAUUUUAUGAUCCUGCCAAGAAAUCUAAAUGAUGUAGAAAAUAUUUGAAGCAUAAUAUGCAUGCUUCAUAAUUAAGUUGAUUAAUGAUUAACAAGAAGUUCUGGUCUUGAUUAUGGACGGGUCUUAUCUCGUUGUACAUUUGUUGCAAUGACAAUAAAGCCCACUCAUUCAUGUCCACUAAAGCUCAAGACUGACUGGCGUAGGCUGGCAUCAGAAGAGGCAUUCUAUUCUUAUCAGACAUAAUCGCCUGUGUUGUAAAGUGAUGUAUAUUUUUGUGAAUAUUGUACAUAGGAGAAGAGUUACUCACUAACAAAGCUAUAAGAUGUGAGUAUAUAGUGUUGUGAAAGGGUGAACGGCUAGUAUUCCCCAAAGAUUUCAUGCUUCAUGUGCGAGAGGACUGACAGUGAUUGAAAGCUAGCUUUGUGACAAAGUGGAAAGAAUACAGGAAGCUAAACCAGUUGCAUACACGUAGUACAGUAUUCGGAGUAACUAGCUCCUAAAUUGAAUGUGACCAAACUGUCCUUAAGAAACAUUAAAACGUAAUAGUAGAAUCCAUUUGCAACAAAAUAAUCUAAAGAGAGUAAACAGAAACAGCUUCACAUCAGCCAAGCCACCUUGAGCUGAAAUCAAAAAUGGGCACACAAAGUAAUCUGUUGUCCAGUUCAGGAGGCCACACUGUCCCACAUCAUUUCAGAUAAAUAGCGACACCUGUCGUGAUGCAUGUAUAGCCUUACUCCAUGAUGGUUAUCAUACCAGCACCACAUUGGCCCAGUGUUGUGAAUUACAUCUUAAUUAUACUAAUACAUACUACACAUAGUCUGUGAAGCCUCCAGACAAGGACAGACAUCCUCAAGUGUAUCAUGGGGCCACUAGGGCCUGUGAGCUCCAGAUUGUCUCUGGACACAACUCCUAGCACUGACAAAUCCAAGGGCAUUCAGUUUCAAUGUAGAAACUUCCAUCUCUCAUCCAAGUCUGUGAGCAGGAAAUAAUUAGACAGUUGUUGGGCACUUAAGAUGGAUGGGGCAGGCAAGUUUAAAUGGACGUCCGGCUAUUUUUCUUAUUCUUUUUAUUUGUUACCUUUUUUUUGCUUGUUAUAUGUUGAUGAAAAGCCAAGAAAAAAUCCCACCGUCGUGAAACCACAUGAAUGUGCCUUCAUUUUCUUUUAUUCUGUAUCAUUGUGGAGAUAAAACAAAUGGUUUCUGUUUUAAAAGUGGUAUUAUUUUCUAAAGCAAGGACGAUAGGCGGGGGGGAAACAGUUUGCUCUGUACACUGUAUACUGUGUAUAUUUUGAGAAGUGAAAUGUCCUUCCCCCACUGAGAUCCUAUUUACACAAACUGUAUUUGUAUCAGAUCCUAUGCGCGUGUGCUAUCGCUUGCUGCAUACUAAUCUAUAGAAUGUAUUCUCGAAGCUGACAAGCCGUUGUUAUGUCCUCCGAGAGAGUGUGUAAAACAGAGUAUAUAGAUAUAAAUAUAUAUAUAUUUGUGUAAAGUUUAUAUUUUUUGAAGGUAUAUUCCCAGAGCCAACUUAAAAAAAUAUUCCCUCUAAGCAUACUGUGAAUUUGUUGUGCGCUUGCUCUGAUUUCUUUUUUUGCCAGCUAAAAUAUUUCUGUCUGUUUAAGAGAGUUGACUGAAACCCCUGGAAGUGUAUAUGGUGUUUCCAGGCAGAUGCAUCUCUGAGAGACUACCUGUGUUACAGUAGAUACAUUUUAGUUUAACUAAAUUGGAGAAAAGACAAACGCUACCUUUUGUAUUUAGAUAAAGUGGUAAAAAUAGAAUAUAGAAUAAAGAAUGUAGUGCUUUACUUAGCUAUUAUUCCGAUUGCCGCCAUCUUGUAAAAAGAAAGUUCGUCCAAGUCGAUUUCCAAACUCUCCUCCUUUUGCAUUGUGUUGCAUUGACAGUAGUUUGUGUGGCAUUCGAUAAUCAACUUGUGCAGACUUCUCAUAGCAAGAUGGCAGCGAAUUUAGGUAAUUUACUGAUUGCACAAACAUUUAUACCCUUCCUGUACACUUACCAAGUUAGAAAUGACUUUGUGUUGUCUGUAGGGCCUCUGUCCACAGUAUGGCAUAAGCGUAAUGAUAUUUUGAGCCUUGUCAGUGGCUUAAAGUAAAGAUUAACUUUGAUGUAUAGCGAGCUUAUACCCAAAGCUAUUGCUUUAUUAUUUCAUUGUUAAUGCAAAUUCCAGUCUUAACGGUACUACUGCGAUUAGCAUCGUUUUGGUGCCCAGUGCAAGUUCACAUUUAGUAUCAAGUACACACAUUAUUAUAAAAAUAGAGGUUAUGUUUAGACCGGAGUUGUCUAAGCUUAGACAGCCCAUAUUUUCAUACUAUAAAUUUUCCAGCCUGACAGCAAACAUUUUCAGUUUGUGCAUUGUGCAAUGCAGUAGAACUUUGUUAUACCACAAUUCCAAUUAUACAAUUAUACUAAUUAUACGUGCUUAUGUGUCCAUUUGGGCUUUUGUAGCGUUUGUAAAUCUGUGACAUUGACUAUAAAACCUUUGAAAAGUCUCAGUAUUUGAAAAACAGUAAUAACUCUCAGUCUAGAGAGCUGUUGACUCUGAAACAGAUGUGGACACCCCAGGUCCAGAUCCUUGUGAGAGUUAUAUAGUACCAAUGGUUUCAGUCAGCUUUCUCCAAUCCUCCCUUUCUGUUUGUGUCUUUGUUGGUUGUGAAUAUGCCUUCGGAAGGCUUUCAAUGCUGUCAUUAUGAAAGUGUGUGUUUAUGUGUGUUUGUGUUUUUUUUUUUUACAUUUGAGUUUUUCCGAGAGUUAAAUGUCAAUGUAAUCACGCCUAAGCUGUUGAAUGCCUGAAACCUGCGUAGAGGUCAGUGGUGUUGGAUAAAUGCUAAGGGGCUAGAAUGCUGGAAUGAGUCUGUCUGUAAGAUAUAUGCUUGGCAAUGACCAUACCCCUGAACCAUUCCCACAUCUGUGGUCCCACUCCCUGCUUCCCCUCAACCAGUUUGUAAGUAACCCACCCAAGGACUAGAGCCAAUUCCACAUGUUAAAUGUACUCCCCCAUUUCCAUGAAUUAGAGGAGAGCACGUCUCCCUUUGUGUGCUCCAGUAAGUGCUUCCCAUACCCGACCCAUCUCUGUGCCCAUGACCAGCUGAUCAAGACAGUCAACGUGUGGGUCCAGGGCAUGUGGAACUUCCAAAUCAAAGCCAGAACCUUUUCAUUAGAGGGCAUUAGAUUUGAAAUCCUACGCCAGUGUCUGUGGUUCUCUCUGAGGUUACCCCGUUGGAGGCUCCCUUUAGCCCUGGUAUUGGUUUGCAGAUGUUCUGUGCUGAGCUGGAGGGGGAUUGGAGAUAGGGGGAGAGGGGGGGCAUUGGUGGUUUCUGCUUCAUGUUCAGUGCCCCUGGUUUUGUGGGGAUAGGGAGGCCCUGAGCCUGGCAGGCAGCCUACACUAGGAGGGCUGGAUGUGUGUGCCCAGCAAAGCAAAGCCCCUCUCAAAUGCUGAUUGUACUUUCUAAUGGUGUUUGGGUUUGAAUGUUUUUGUGUUUUAUCUACCUCAGUAUUGUUGCCGUUGUGUGUCCGUUUGACUUUUUAUGUGUGGUGAGUGAGUGCAGACGUCUAUGCGUGUUGGGUGCUGGAAGUACCCAAGGGUGGGUGGGUGGGUGGGUGUGUGUGUGUUUGUGUGUGUGUGUGAUGGUGUGUGUGUGUGUGUGUGUGUUUGGGAAACAGUUCAGUUUGUGGUUUUGGGGGAGCGAUGUAAAGCCUGGGCCAUUGAAUCACAUAUGAGCGUCACAUAUGGUGUUCAUGUUUUUCCGUUUCUCUCUCUCUUUUAGUUUGCGUGUUUGUUCAUGGUUCAGUCAUUUGAUAUAUCCCAGUGUUGUUUUCAUCUUCCAAACCAAGAGCUUGGAUCAUUUUAUGAGAUAAUCCAAUGAAAGCAGUAAAGACCCAUUAUUUUGCAGCAGGCCGCCAGCUUUUGUGUGAAAUGUGAAAUAAAAAGGCUAGCAACCCAUGCAGGCUUUCUAUCCCAUGCCAGUCCCAGUUUCCCCUGGGCUCAAAGCUAUUUUGAUGAGGAGGGCUUGUUUAUUUUUUUUCAGUCUACUAAAAGCCUUUUUUCUUUCUUUGUAAAUAAUUUACGCUGUAAAUAUGCAUGCUGUUUGUAUGUUCUGUAUAUACCUAAUAAUAAAUAUGUAUAAUCUCUCAAAA